AUGGCUCGAGGAGGCCGUGGAGGGAGUCAGCAACCUGUUCGCCGACCAGUUGACUUGACAGGAAUCAUUUCCAUCGCCGAGAGAAACGAUCUGACUACCUUAAUCAACGCCAUUACAGAGAAGAUUCACAAUGGAAUCAGCAUGACCUUCGACUCUCCUCCUGUCACCCCUAUUCAGGAUGACUUCAAUCAACACCACUGGCUCUCACUGUCGCUCCAGAACCGGCAGCACAAUGACCAGGUCAACCCUGUCUCUCCAGCUAACACGGAGUCUGUAGUGUCCAACCCACCUUGCAAGACUGGAGCUGAUGACAAGAAAACCUCGGAGGCAAUGCCACCCCAACUCCAAGAGCUGAGGAAGGAAGCCAUCGUCUUCUUCCGCAAGUGGCAGACCGCGGUACUUCACCGAGUUCGAGACAUCAACGUCACAGACUCAACCGACCCUCAAGCCAGUUUUCGUGGACGCGGCCGUGGUUUCCGCGGUGCGCGAGGUGUUCGAGGUGGUCGAGGCGCCCGGGGCGGUAGAGGUGGCCGUGGCGGCCUCACUUUGGCAACAGGUCCUCUAAGAUCCGCCUCAAAUCACCUCGACCGAGAGCUGGCCCGUCGAUACCCUCCUAUCCCAACAACUCUAUGGACUCUCCCCCUGGAGAAGCGAAAGACUUUGCUGCACGCUUCGCACUUGCUGCUCUUAUCUCUGCAAGAAUACAGCUCAUAUUCUCGGAUUCUCCUCCUCCACCUAACGUCCUCCCUAAGCCUCUCGUGGAAGAUGUUUCAAGAGGAAGAAAUUCGCAUCGCUCAGGGGUUGAGUCAGGUUGCCAUCAAGGCAUCCCUCAACCACACCCCCGAUCAGAAACAGGACGAAAAUAAGGCGCCCCGUAGACCGAAGCCAGGCCAUCUCAACGCCGCUGGGUCGGCCCAUUUGAGCAAGCUUGCUCCUGAGCUGGUUGCGGUCGGUAUCGGCACCCCGCAUGGUGGUCACGGCUUGAGCCCUGCAGCUGCGGCAGGAUUAUUGGGUACUAUGGCGGACAAUGGCCUCGUGGCAGGUCCCCUUUUCGGCAUCUUUGCGGCAAGGCCAACGACUAAGAUGAUUGAGUCAUGUGCCCGCGAGAUUCAGGACUUCGGCCUCAUCCCGAUUCGAGGCGAAUCUCCUACGGAUUAUGUUGAUGCCAGAAAGAUGCCAGCCAAGGACCGGAGACUUAGAAUGAUCAUCGUCAUAAACGGCUGGCUCACGGACAAGGAUGCUAUCACUCAGCCAUGGAUAGGUAUGGGCGAUCAAGCUGAGGUGUUUGCCCUACGGUGGGACAUGACCGUCCUCAUGAACCUUGGGAUCGCCCUUGAAACUGUUACCAAGAGCACUGCUUGGAGCACGGCGAAAAAGGAGAUUACUUCGCGAACAAUAUUUUCGAGUCUCAUUGAGGCAAGUUGGCCGGCGGGACUGAUGAAAAUCAGCAAAAUCAUCGAUAACCCUUGGAGCCUCGGAAUGGUGCGAGCCGAGAAAGCAGGUGUGGUUCUUGCAGACACCCUCAUGCGCAGCAAAUUGCAGGGCGAUCGCCCAAUUUCUCUUGUCGGAUACAGCCUGGGUGCGCGAGCCAUUUACACUUGCCUGAUGGUCCUCGCUGAGCGCCGACAGUUUGGCCUCGUCGAGUCUGUUGUCUUGAUGGGGACUCCGGCUCCUUCGGAGAGCCGAGUUUGGUUGACGCUCAAGAGCGUCGUGUCUGGUCGGCUCAUCAACGUCUACUCGGAGCAUGACUAUCUUCUUGGCUUCCUCUACCGCACCUCCAACAUCCACUUUGGAGUAGCAGGCCUGCAGCAGAUUCAUGGUGCGGAAGGUGUCGAGAACCACGAUGUUAGUCGCCUAAUUAGCGAGCAUUUGCGCUAUUCAUCUAUAACUGGCAGAAUUCUGAAGGAUGUCGGGUGGGAGGAUCUGGAUAUGACGGCC